AUGCUUGCUUUUACCUCAAACGGAGUCGGAUUUAGUGGCAACAUCGAUAAGAAAGGUAAGAGACCAUGGACAUAUAUACUUCAAGGUCAAAGCUAUCACAAAAUAGGUUCUUUGGUGCCUCCAGAAAACAAAGAACCAGGAUACAACCAGCUAUACGUAUGUGAUACAGAAUUGGCACAAGAAGCCAACCGUCGGAAGAAUGUAUUUUUUAGAAAGGAGCAUGAAAAUGAAUCCCAAUCGAACGGUGUAGCCAAAAACAAAAAACAUACACAGAAGAAAAAUGAGAAUGAGCUGGACUUGGAGGUGAUCACCAAUUUAAUAUCUAUGUUGGAUGCAAAUAAUGCAUAUGCAAAGACAUUCAGGGAAAGAAUGCAACGACAACCUGCUGUUGAAUUACACUUGCGAAUCAUUAGCCGACGAGAAAGAGAUGCUAGGCAGUAUACUCUACCAACGUGUUCAGAAGUGGCAGCUUUGAUAGUCCAAAAUCCUACUGAUGAUGAUGUAUACAGGGACAUUAUUGUUGAACAUAGGAACAAUGGUUAUACUAGAAUCAAUGAAAUACAUCCAUGUUAUAUGCCAAUGCAAUUCCCCCUUUUAUUCCCCUAUGGAGAAGAUGGUUAUACUAUGGAAACUGCAUACAAGAAUGUGAAAAUAGGUAAAGAUGGUGUGUUGAUGAAACGACAACAGCUCACCAUGAGGGAAUAUUAUGCAUUUAGGCUACAACAUCGGCUUGGUGAGGGGCAAACUUUAAUUCGCGGUGGUCGUUUGUUUCAGCAAUAUUGUGUGGAUGCUUUUGCAUGUAUUGAAGAAUGUCGACUUAAGUGGGUAAGAAAGAACCAAGAACAUAUAAGGGCUGAGUUACACAGUGGGUUAAGAGAUGCACUAUUAAAGGGAGAUACAACGAGAAAAAAAGGGAAAAAAAUUGUGUUACCCUCAUCUUACACAGGAGGCCCAAGAUAUAUGAUGCAACACUAUCAAGACGCUAUUGCAAUCUGUAGGAAAAUUGGUGUUCCAGAUCUCUUUAUAACUUUCACCUGCAAUCCCAAAUGGAAGGAAAUUUCAGAAUCUCUAACUCACAUACCAGGUCAGCGACCAGAAGAUAGACCCGAUAUCGUUGCUAGGGUAUUCAAGAUAAAAUUAAAGCAUUUGAUGGAAGUUCUCCGAAAAGGAAAACAUUUUGGGAAAGUCGGAGGAGCAAUCUACACUAUAGAAUUUCAAAAUAGAGGCUUACCACAUGCCCACAUUUUAUUGUUUCUAGAUAAGAAGGAUAAACCAGAGACACCAUCCGAUAUUAAUAGAAUUGUCACAUCAGAGAUACCUGACAAGGAGAAUGAUCCUGAUGGAUAUAACGCUGUUGACAACUACAUGCUGCAUGGACCCUGUAGACUAUUAAAAGAUGGUUCACCAUGCAUGAAAAACGGUGUGUGCUCAAAACAAUAUCCAAAAGAUUUCAGCCAUGAAACUAAUAUUGACAAAUAUGAUUAUCCAGUUUACAGGAGACGCGAUAAGGGCAGAAUCGCCAAUAAAAAUGAUAUUGAUCUGGAUAAUACGUGGGUUGUUCCUCAUAACAGGGAUUUGAUUGUUAUGUUUGAUGCGCACAUCAAUGUUGAGGUAUGUAAUUCAAGAGGGGCAUUGGUUAAAUACUUAUUCAAAUACAUCAACAAGGGUAAAGAUCGAGUGUCUGCUAUAAUCGAAAAAGAUCCAAACUUGAAUAAAGAUACAGGGGAAGAGGAUGUAUUAAUUGAUGAAAUAAAAAAUUACUUGGAUUGUAGGUAUAUAUCUGGGGCAGAAGCAUGUUGGAGGAUUUUUGAUUUCGACAUUCAGUUCCGUAAUCCAUCAGUGGAGAGGUUACCAUACCAUUUGGAGGGUGAACACCAGCUAGAUUACAAAUCUGAUGAGGGCUAUGUGGAAGGUGGUGUGUUAUCCGCACCUCCAACCAUUAAUCCAUCUGCUGUCGAUAAUGAUUAUUCCAUGGUGUUCGUCCUCCUUUCUUAUGUUAAUAGAGAUCCAUAUGAUAACUACAAAGAUAAGCACACCAUCAUUUUUCGCCUCCCUGGAAACAAAGCAAUGGAGAACUCUUUGGUUUUAGUUAUUAACCAACUAAUUAACAAUUUCUUAGAGAUGAUAAAGUUUUUCAAAGUAGUAUUUCGUGAUACAGACGAUGUAGAAGAUGUAUUGGAUAAUCCAAGCUCCAAUGUCACGGAAUUUAUAGAAUGGUUUGAAGCAAACAAGAAGUAUCCAGAAGCAAGGGAGUUGACUUAUGCAGAUUUUCCAACUGAAUUUGUAUGGGACAAACAAUGCAAAGAGUGGCGACCAAGAAAAAGAGGGAAUACAGUUGGUAGACUAUACAAUGCUCACCCGAGUUCAGGAGAAAGAUAUUUUCUAUAUUGA